AUGGCCAUACUAGCAGUCAAACCUAUAAUCCCAAUGGUGGAGAAGCAGCUGGAUUCUUGGGAGGGUGGGGGCAGGACAUCACUUGAGCUGGAUACUCAAAAACUCAGGCCUCUGAUUGGAACAGUAACCUCAUGUGACAAAGAUGGAGGAUUUAUAAAUCAAACAACAUAUUUUCCCAGAUCAGCCUUGUGUGAAGGUUUUGAACCCAUGAAAGGUGACUGGGUGCAGGCGAACUACUUCGUCAGCCCCGCUGAGUGGAGCAGUCAGGCGAAAACUGUCAGACCACUACGAUACCAGCGAAUGGAUCGUGUGUGUGUGUCAAGUGUGUUUGGUAGUAAUGGAGUUGUGGAAGACAGUGUAUUUUUCAGUCUGGACUCCCUGCUGUUGCCUGCUGGGUACAGACCCACACCAGGAGAUGUAGUGAGUGUUGUGGUAGUGGAGAGCUGCCAGUCAUUCUAUUGCUGGAGAGCCCUCUGCAUGGCUCCCACCGAACAAAGGUACAGAGGGGUGAAAAUCGACCCAUGA